UCCUCGCGAGCGGAUUUCGUCCGGUUGUUUUACCGGGAAAACACGGCUGCUUUUACGUCGUGUGUGUGUUUACAAAGAACAAAAAACAAACGGGAAAAAAACAACCCUCGCGUUUUUAAUGUAACGCGGAGGUAUCGGUGAGCAAAGUGAGUGGCGGUGCACAAGGUGCGCGGCGCCUCGUGAAGGUGAAGCCACGUCGGAUGUUUUUAGCCGUGACACCGGCCCACGCGACCAGGUACCGGCCCACCGGGAGCAGCUCUCCGGUCAGCGCGGUGCGACACGUCGUGGUAAAAAGCCCAAAAUGAAGGCGGGAAGAUGGCGUUGUUGACUCUGGAUCGUCUCUUCAUUUUCGCAGUUUGAAUGGAUUCGGACAUGUAGACGUACGACCCGGGGCUUUUUUUUUAAGGAUAUAAAAGGCCGCUGAUUGUUUCCAGCGAAGUCCGGUGCGACCGUCUCCCGCCGAUGGCGACGACGGACACCAAAGUGGCGUGCGGCGCCGGCGCGGCGGGCCUUUCGUGGGCGCGCGUGUGCAAGGAGUGCGGCCAGCAGCACGAGGGCUCGGACUGCCACCUGUACGAGUACCAGGACGAGGUGGACGAUGAACUGAUCUGCCACAUCUGCCUGCAGCCCCUCCUCAAACCUAUGGACACCCCGUGCGGCCACACGUACUGCUUUCACUGUCUCAGCAACUUCCUGAAGGAGCAGGACUUCUGCCCCGUGGACCGCCUGCGGCUGCAGCUGCACCAGUGCCGUCCCUCCAGCCUGCUGGUCAGGAACCUGCUGGACAAGCUGAGCGUGGCGUGCCCCCACUCGGCCGAGUGCCAGCAGCAGAUGCAGCGCUGCGAGCUGCAGCCUCACCUGCACAACAGAUGUCCUGUUUUUAGACGACUGAGGGAGGAAGCAGAGAAGAGGAAGAGGCCCUCGUGGAACGAGCUGAAGGGGCGUAAGGGCGAGGGGGAGACUGCUGGCGAUGCCAAACAUUCAGCAACACAGUCCCGAAACCCUGCCAGAGAUCCGCCUGAGCCGGGGCUGAUUAAUCCCGCCUACGAAGAGAGUGAGGAUGACAACACCCCCCUGCGGUCCAGCCUGGUGGCCGAGGCCAUCGUGGUGGAGCUGUUCAGAGGGGAGCCGGAGGAGGACCUGGGCCUCCGCAUCGUGGGGGGGAAGGACACGCCGCUGGGGAACAUAGUCAUCCAGGAGGUCGUCCGAGACACGCUGGCAGCCGCCGACGGCAGGCUGGCCCCGGGGGACCACAUCUUAGAGGUGAACGAUGUCAGUCUGGCCUCCGUCCCGCACGCCCGAGCCAUCGCUGUGCUCCGCCUGCCCUCCCUCCUCCGCCUCACAGUCAUGCAGGAGAAAGGCUUCAAGUCGAGGGAGCGACAGUCCGACCAUCACGCCUCCUCCUGCCCCGCUGCCCCGCAGCCCUUCCCUGAUCCCCACGGCAACGCCACCUCCAAUCACAACCCCGGCACGGUCCUCCAGGUGACGCUGAUGAAGAGCCUGCGCACCGAACCGCUCGGCAUCAAACUCAUCCGCAAGUCGGAGGAGAGCGGGGUUUUCAUCCUGGACCUGCUGUCGGGUGGUCUGGCAGCCAAAGAUGGAAAGCUGAGGAAGAACGACAAGGUUUUAGCCAUCAACGGACACGACCUGAGGCACGGGACACCGGAGAGCGCAGCCCAGAUCAUUCAGGGGAGCGAGGUGCGCGUGAACUUCGUGGUGAUGCGACCCGCCGCCGACGCUCAGGAAGAGGGCGCGAGCAGCCGGGAUGGGCCGCACGGCCGAGCCAACAGGAGGGCGCCUGAGCCGCAGUACUUCAAGCGCCGGUCCACCUACGUGAAGGAUCCUCCGGGUGGGUUUUCCAGCCAGGAGAAGACUGUGAGUCUGAAGAAGGAGCCUCGGCUCUCCCUGGGCAUCACCAUCGCCGGGGGGAGGGACUGUCGCAGCCGACUGCCCGUUUACAUCACGAGUGUGCAGCCGGUGGGCUGUCUGCACCGGGACGGCACCAUCAAAAGAGGCGACGUUCUGCUGAGCAUCAACGGCGUGGACCUGACCCAGUUGACCUACAACGAGGCGGUUUCAGCGCUGAAGACCCAGACGGCUCAGUCCCAGGUGGCACUCCGAGUCAUCCAGACACACUCGGAGGACCCGGAGGAGGACGCCGAGGCCGCCAACCAGGACCAACAGGACGCCGCGGACGACCCGCGAGAGGACGCCCUCAACUGGACGCCGCUGUGGACCCGCUGGCUGGGACUGCCGAGUCCCAUGCACUGGUGCCGGGACAUCGUCCUGCAGAAGACCAACAACGAGAGCUGGGGCUUCAGCAUCGUCGGCGGCUACGAGGAGAGCCACGGCCAGCAGCCUUUCUUCAUCAAGACCAUCGUGCCCGGCACGCCCGCUCACUUCGACGGGCGCCUCAAGUGCGGCGACGAGAUCGUGGCGGUGAACGGCGCCACCACGGUGGGCAUGAACAACUCCUCCCUCAUCCCCAUGCUCAAGCUGCAGAAAAACAAAGUCACGCUGACGGUGGUGUCCUGGCCCGGCAGUCUCGUGUAGCCAAACGGCGCUAUUUGCUUCUACCGGCGCGCAGCUCGUCGUUGUUGAACCUUUUGUAACACAGAGCGUGUUUGCUGAAGAGGACUGUAGAAGCAUGUUUGUCUCCGCGUUCCUUUCACACUCGAAGGGCAGAUGCACAAAAUGGGAUCGAUCGGGGUGCAAAGACGAUGACAAUCAGUGAAUUGUGGACAAACUGGAAAGAUGGUUGUUGGGUCUUUUUGGAACAACUUCUUCUGAGUACUUCUUAUUUUUGCUUUCCUUUUUAAAUCAUGCCAUCAUCGGAGGGAUUUCUGUAAACGAUGAGAUGUAGCGCUUACGAUGUAUGUAGAUGAAGUGUAAGUAUGUAGAUUACUUGUAUAACAAAAAUAGCUGCUGUUGUAAUGGACUCAUGCCAAAGACAGAACAACCAUCCUCUUCUGUAGCUUUUGUACCUCCUGUGAUUUUAUUUUAACUUUAAUUUACACUUUUAAAACGUGCAUCAGAAUGAUGAAGCAAUGACAGUAAUUGAGUUAAAUAGAGUCCAAGUCGAGGCAAAAAUCAACAGCUGCAGCUACAUAAAGCGACUCUGUUUUUAACAGGAUGGAAACCGUUGGUUCAUUUUCUCUUAUAUUAGCAAAUUCUGCAACAGGAAAUACUUUUAUAUUGUUGUUUUAAAACUGUGAGCUGAUGAUCUUAAGAAGCGUUUAUGCUGAAUGGCUUCCAUAGGUGUGUGCCUUGUAGAUAUUGAAGGACAAACCAGAAUGUAUACUUGCCUUAAAUUUCCACUGCACCAAAAUGUGUUUCCCAUCAUAAUUUUCUCACAACGUAAAUGGAAUUUCAAAGGACAGAUUUGUUCAGAUAAAUCGGUGUUACCUCGUUCUUUUUGUGUGUCAACACGUUCCCAGUGGCCUUUCUUGUGCAUCACUUGAGACAAGACUUAAUUGAGAAUUUGUUUGAGAUUGGCAGUGGAAUACAGUGUAUACAGUUGGUAAUGUAUGUAUUAGGCUGUCCACUGUUUUAUUAUGCUCAAUAAAGUCAUUACAAAUCACA